GGGGCCCCCGGCCGGGCCAUCUCCGCCGCCACCCGCCGGACCCCGGGAGGGGGCGAGCAGGGCAGGGACAGCGGAGACAGCUCCCUGCUCCGCUCCCGCCCUCCCCAAACCCGAGCCGGCGGGGCGGGGGCGGGGGGCCGGAUCGCAGAGGAACCGGCCGUUUCCGGGAGGUGGGGAAGCGACCCCGAGCACAGCGGCAUCAGACGCGCUCCGCGGGCCGGCCUUUCCGGGUUCCACCCACACUGCGGCGAAGGGCAGCCCCCACCUGCGGCCGCGCGGGGGAGUCCCGAGCCCGCGGGGAGGGGCGCGGGCGGGCCCGGGAGGCGGGGCGCGCGCGGGCCGCGGAGCCCGGAGCCGGCGGGGGCGGGGAGGCGCCGGGCCGGAGUGAGCGGCGGCCGCAGCUGCAGCAGGACGGCCCGCCGGCGGUCGGGGCCGCGCCGGGAACCUCGCGGGGCGGGCGGCGCCGCACCCCUGCCUGGCCGCCGGCGCCCCGGGGAGGCGGCCCGCGCGCGCCGGGACCAGCAGCAUGAGCAGCGGCUACAGCAGCCUGGAGGAGGACGCCGAGGACUUCUUCUUCACCGCCAGGACCUCCUUCUUCAGGAGGGCGCCCCAGGGCAAGCCCCGCGCCGGCCAGCAAAACGUUUACUGGGCCCCUUCUGUGUGCCGGGGCUUGGUCUACGUACUGGACCCCAAAGCAGACAAAUCCCUACCCUCAGGGAGCUCAGAUGCUUGCGCAGGAAGCAGUAAUAAACAAGAUAAAUGCUUAAAAUAUAUGACAUAUUCAACAGCAGAUGCGGAGAAAGAGAAGGAAACCCACAAUUACCUCAGCAAAGAGGAAAUCAAAGAGAAAGUUCAUAAAUACAACUUAGCAGUCACGGACAAGUUGAAGAUGACCUUGAAUUCAAACGGGAUUUACACUGGCUUCAUUAAAGUGCAGAUGGAACUCUGCAAACCUCCGCAGACUUCUCCGAACCCUGGAAAGCUCGCGCCCAGCAGCAACGGCUGCAUGAACACUCUUCACAUCAGCAGCACGAACACUGUGGGGGAGGUGAUUGAGGCCCUGCUCAAGAAGUUUCUCGUGACCGAGAGCCCUGCCAAGUUUGCACUUUAUAAGCGUUGUCAUAGGGAAGAUCAAGUCUACGCCUGCAAGCUCUCAGAUCGGGAACAUCCCCUCUACCUGCGUUUGGUAGCAGGGCCCAGAACAGACACACUUAGUUUUGUUCUUCGUGAACAUGAAAUUGGAGAGUGGGAAGCCUUCAGCCUUCCAGAACUACAGAAUUUCUUGCGGAUCCUGGACAAGGAAGAAGAUGAGCAGCUGCAGAGCCUGAAGAAGCGCUACGCGGCCUACCGAGACAAGCUGGAAGAAGCCCUCAGCGAGGCAUGGAAGCCUGGCUAAGGCGCGGGCUCCCGCCGCCCGGACGGCGCAGGACGUGUGCGGACCAGCAGCAACCGUCUCUUCUCGGAGGGCUCAUUCUUGCCCCGUGAUGCUAAGGGCUUCCCCUUUUUAUCUCUAGAUGUAGUUCCCAAACCUGGUCACGCAGCAUCCUGCACCUUAGGCGUCCUCUGUGAGGGAUUCUGCAAGCUUGUUCUGUUACAUCACUGCGGUGUUACCUCUUGGCAAGCUGUGAAUCUGUUCUCAUCUGGAGCAUUCUAGAGUGCUUUGAAGCGUGAACUCUGGGUGGUUGUUUUUUUCCUUAUUUUCUUUUAGUUAUUUUAAUUAUGUGAUGUUGAUGUUAAGCUUAAGGAUGUGCAAACGAUUUUUUACAAGCUUAACAAGGAAUCUAUCUGAAUACUUGUCCUAUGUUGAAACUACCUGUCUUCUUUGUUUUUGUUUUUUAAAUGUCAGAGGAAAUGGUCCCUGUGAGUUGAAAGGCACAGGAAGCUAGAACUCUGAGGGCUUUGUGGAGGAUUUUGGAGGAGUCUGACAGAGAGUAAAGAGCAAGUUUGGACGAAGGCGCGAGUGGAGGCGGGGCUCCGAGGGCAGGUGUUUGGGCGACGAGUUGAUGGUAGAGGAGGAGGGUGUAUUUGCUGGUGACCGAGUGGAAAAGCAUUCAGUUUUGAAAUGUCAGACCCCCCGCAGUAGUGCUUGACUUCCUGUUAAGUCAAAUGUGGGAACAGAACCAAAGAAAGUAGGACCUCGACCACAAGGAGGGCUGACUCUGCAGCUGACCCAGAGCCGGGCGGAGCACUCAGGAGGCGACCUCCAGACCCAGGUGACGGGCCCACGGCCCGCAGCUGCCCCCCUCAGGGCCUGGCCUGGGGCCUCCUUUCCACAGUGGAGGGUCUGACUGGGGCAGCUUCUCUGGGCAGGUGGAGCGGUGACGUUCGCUAACUCCUGUGAAGUUCUGGUUUCCCCAGGUCGUUUUCAGAGCUGAGGAGGAGUUUGGGGGAGGGCAGCUGUUUCCCCCACCGUUAGCGGGGAGAUUCGCCAAGUAAAGAGCGCACAGCACACUUCCUGACAAUCACCCCCUCCUUUCCCUUCCCCUCCCUCCUGCCUCCUUCCCUCUCCCUCCUCUUCCUUCUCACUUUCUCUUAUUCAGUGAAAUCUUCUUGCAUAAUGUAGAACAGGGACAUGGAUUCAAGACCCAGGACCAGGAGAGGGAGGAAGUCCACCCCCACUGACCACGCAGAGGGGUUCCUUAUGGAAACACUUCAUCACAAGUGCGUGUUCCUAUCGACCAAAGAAUCGCAUGUGCAAUAGAGCCUUCCUAAAGCAGGUUGAAUACCCUCACCUUAUGCAGCAGGUAAUCUGAAAACAACGGGCAAGGGGUGCUGUGGUUCUAGAGGGGCCUUACUGUGUCUUUUUAGCCUAGGAUAUUUUUUGUUUGUUUAUAAAUUCCCAAGGAAUUGUUAACACUUUGGUGACACCUAAUGGAUUCUUUUUGAAAUUCCGAGGUGCUUCAGUUCUUUGCCUCUUAAGUGAACUGUGCCUUUUGUUGUAUUUCUGUCUCCUCUUGGUGGCCCUUCUGACUCUUCAGAGAAGACCCAUCUUGUGGGAGGCAGAUGGAAGUGUUGGUUAUGCUGUGCCACACACGUUACUGAGACAAUCAUAUCUUGCUGAACUUUUUAAGGAAAGUUGGAAAAAAAAAAAAAGUAGAACUAGCUAUAAAAUAUGUAUGGCACAUCUUGUUUAAUUUUGCAUGUAACUUCUUUUUAGUGCAUUGAUGAGGUUUUAGUAACAUUGUCAUCCAACACUUUACCUUCAUUGUUCAGGGAAUGCCUUCAUGAUUUUUAUACUGGUUUUACUAUUCAGACUACGGCUUGGGUUUGAGUAUACUGUUAUCCACCACCUGGUCUCUUAAUUACCCAUUCCAGUAAGCUUAUGUUUUGUGAAGCAUUUGUUUCUCAGAUGAAGACACUGUUAGAACCUAAAGUAGGAGCUGAUGGGUAUCUGUGAAUUUUUUUUUUUUUUUUACUUGAAGUAGAUUGUCUAAAAUAGGCAUCCUCAUCUGCGUUCUCCAGAACCUCGCUCACUGUCGUGUGCACUACAAGUUGCAAUUUGGAAACCUUGCUGUAUUGAAAUUCUGUCAGUACAGGUUCUUUGCAGACUGAUACUCUCUCUCAAACACUGGUGACCGCAGCAACGUUUUUAAUGUGUAAAAGAGGGAAGGCCACUGAGGCCAAAGAUUUUUAAAAAUCAUUGUACAAAUUCUUAUGUUAAAUUAAGCUUUGCUGUAAUACUGUUUUCUCUUCAGUAUGUGAUGGUACAGGAACGAUGUUAAAUGAAGGGGUAGUAUUGCAGGGGAGCAUUUUAAAUCACAGAAGUAAAAAGUUAUAAUAUUUAUAAUUUCGAUGAGUUUAAGUUUAUUUUUAUAGGGAAGAUUUUUCUUUCCUAAAAUUGUUUCUGGAACGGCAAAUUGUUUCCAUUAUUAAAAGUUGAAGUUGUUAGUGGA